GACCAGUCCGAAGUUAUGGGAUUUCUGAGGUACAUUGAACGCAGCACCGGUUUUGCUUCCGGGUGUUUGGGGUUACUGCUCGCGCUGCUCACGUUUCGAAGAACGCUGGUGGACUUCUCCAUCUCUGAGCUGAGAAACUGUUGUCCUGGAGCCCGGUGCCGUUUCCAUGGUGAAAGGAACGUAGCUUUUUCGGAAAGUUCGGGAACCAACAGGAACCCCGCGUGGUUCUGUUCAGUAAAAAAGUUUUGUCCUCAUCCAGAUGAAGAACAGAGGAGGAGGAGGCUGGAUGGACACUCGCCUGAAGCAACGAGUGGAGCAGUAUAUGGCCUCCAGCAGCAGCGAAUAUGUGGACCUUGCAGAAAUGGCCGUGGACCUUCAGAGACAGUUCAGCAGCACUCCCUGCCUCCUGAGUGGGUCAGCCGGUCCACUCCCUGCUGCCUCAGUGGGUCAGCCGCUGAACACUUCUGUGGUUCUGCCCUCAGGAUGGACUACGGACGGAGAAACAAGACGGCCUUUAGGAUCCAGGUGGAGAAAGUUUUCAAGGCCGUCAAAGAGGAGGUGGAGCUGAACGACCUGGAAAGCAAACAUCUGGCCAAGAGAGCCCGGAGCAGCUGCAAUGAGACCCGGGACAGCAGCAGCAGCUCGGAGGACUCCUCAGACAGCGAUGAACAGGUGCUGGGAAACACGCCCAACAGUUCAGUUACAGCCCUGUACCGUAAGGGCCCUACUGCAGCAGGCAGAGCCAACCCAGCUCAAAAUGAAGGCACCGUAGUUUCCCCUGGAGGCUGGUUCAUUGACAAAGGCAGAGGCCCCACGACACGACCCGUCUUCAUCGACUUUUCGAAAGACGAGUCAGUGGACACACAAGCAAAUAGAGGUGCAUCCCAACUGGAGCCUGAGACCAAGAGGUCAAAGAAGAGGUCAAAGAACUCGGCCCAUUCUGCAGACUCCCAGGGAGUGAUCAAGAAUAAGAAAGCAAAGUCCAAGUCCCCAGAGCUGCAGUAUCCCCACCUGAGGUUUGAGGAUGUUGGGGGUAAUGAGGAGAUCCUAACGGAGGUGUGCAAGCUGCUGGUUCAUAUGCGCCACCCAGAGGUCUACCAGCACCUCGGGAUGGUUCCUCCCAGGGGCUUCCUGCUGCACGGACCUCCUGGCUGUGGGAAGACCCUGCUGGCCCAGGCUGUGGCUGGGGAGCUGCAGAUCCCCAUGCUGAAGGUGUCUGCUCCAGAGCUGGUAUCUGGGGUGUCAGGAGAGUCGGAACAGAAGCUCAGAGAGCUGUUUGAGCUGGCUAUGACCUCCAGUCCAUGCAUUGUGUUCAUCGAUGAGAUAGAUGCCAUCACGCCUAAGAGAGAGGUGGCCUCCAAAGACAUGGAGAGGAGGAUCGUGGCCCAGCUGCUGACCUGCAUGGACGAUUUGAACAGUCUCACGGUGACAGCUCAGGUACUGGUGAUCGGCGCCACCAACAGGCCGGACUCCCUGGAUCCGGCCCUCCGCAGAGCCGGCCGGUUUGACAGAGAAAUCUGUCUGGGGAUCCCUGAUGAGGGCGCUCGGCUCAGGAUCUUGAGGACCUUAUGUCGGAAGCUGACACUGCCCGCGGAUUGCAACUACCAGCAGCUGGCCCGGCUCACUCCAGGCUACGUGGGAGCUGACCUCAUGGCUCUGUGCCGGGAAGCUGCUAUGGCUGCCGUGAACCGGGUUCUGCUGGAAACCAGGCCAUUGGCCCAGACUCCGCCGGACUGCCCUGAACAACCGUCAGGAAGUCCGGAGCAGAUGGAGGCUGGGACGGAUGUGGUUGUUAGAACUGAGCAGGAGGGAGAACUUCAGCAGCUCCUUGGCAUAUUGAAGAACACGGACACGCUGUCAGAGCAGGAGCUGGCUGGACUCUGCAUCCUCAUGUCCGACUUUCAGGACGCUCUGGGCCGGGUUCAGCCUUCAGCCAAGAGGGAGGGCUUCGCCACAGUACCAGACGUGACCUGGGAGAACGUAGGAGCUCUGCAGGACAUCAGGGAGGAGCUCACCAUGGCAAUACUGGCUCCUGUCCGAUCUCCGGAGCAGUUCAGAGCCCUGGGGCUCAGCGCACCAUCUGGGGUUCUGCUGGCCGGGCCUCCAGGCUGUGGGAAGACCCUGCUGGCUAAGGCGGUGGCAAAUGAGUCAGGCCUCAACUUCAUCUCCGUCAAAGGUCCAGAGCUGCUAAACAUGUAUGUGGGGGAGAGCGAGCGAGCGGUCCGCCAGGUCUUCCAGAGAGGACGCAACUCUGCUCCUUGUGUCAUCUUCUUCGAUGAGAUUGACGCCCUGUGUCCUCGCCGUUCAGGCCACGAGUCAGGAGCCAGUGUGCGGGUCGUCAAUCAGCUGCUGACAGAGAUGGACGGGUUGGAGACGCGAAAACAGGUCUUCAUCAUGGCUGCAACCAACAGGCCGGACAUUAUUGAUCCUGCCGUCCUGAGGCCUGGGCGCCUGGAUAAAACCCUAUAUGUCGGGCUGCCGUGUGCCGCAGACCGCCAUGCCAUCCUGAUGACUGUUACUAAGGGUGGGACCAGACCUCAGCUGGAGCAGGACGUCCGCCUUGAGGACAUCGCCUUUGAUGAACGCUGUAGUUCCUUUUCAGGAGCUGACCUGACGGCGUUGGUGAGGGAAGCGUCUGUAAACGCCUUGAAGGUCUUCAUGAAGUCCCAGCUUUCUGGUCAGACCCACCCCUCUGGCUCCACAGCCGAUAUCAAGGUCACCAAACAGAACUUUGAGGACGCCUUCAAGACCAUUCAGCCAUCCGUGUCCAAAAAGGACCAGCUGAUGUAUGAGAGGCUCAGGGAGUCCCUCAGCAGAUGACCACUGAACCAGAACCAAAUGUUUGCUUUCCCACGGAAGAAUCGCUCUUCAUGCUGUUUUUUUGGUUUUAAAAUAAAAUCAGGACUCAAACUUC